AAAAAGCUAAAGGUAAAGGGCAGAGUCAAGCCAGAGUGAAUAUCAGUGCUGCCCUAGUUGAGGAUAUUAUCAAUCUGGAGGAAACCAAUGAAGACAUGCAGGCAGUGGUAGAAGCUCUGAAAGAAGAUUUCAGCAGAAAUCUCAGUGUUAGAACCUCACCAGGGGCCCUCGACCACAUAAUCGUGAUGACAAAAGACGGGAAGUUUCCGCUGAACCAGCUGGGGCAGAUCUCACAGAAGUCACCGCAGCUCAUUGUCGUGAACAUGACCAAUUUUCCAGAGAGCACAGCUGCAGUGACGAAGGCUAUAAGGGAGAGCGGCAUGAACCUGAACCCAGAAGUGGAUGGGACAAUAAUUCGGGUGCCAGUUCCUAAGGUAACGAGAGAGCACAGGGAGAGCCUGGCCAAGCUCGCCAAGCAGUCCACCAACAAGUCCAAAGAGGCCCUGAGAAAGGUGCGAAGCAAAAGCAUCAACCAGGUAAAGAAGUUCAAGGGCAAAGUGUCUGAAGAUACCAUCUGGCUGUUAGAAAAACAGAUCCAGCAAAUGGCAGAGAGCACCACGGCCGAGAUGGACAAGCUGCUGGCAGCGAAGACCAAGGAGCUUCUUGGAUAAACGCCAUCCCAAUGGACGCACUCCCCCUCCUCGAGCAAGGACAGACUGCCACCACCCUGCCCAGAGCCCGCAGCCUCGGCCGAUGGGCACGGCUGGCUCUGCCAGCCC